AAAUGCCGUGAGAUAUUGCAUCGUGAAGACGGGCCCUGAAGCGCCACGUUGUAAAAAGCAAAGUAUAGUACAGGCUACAGAAAAUAGAAAAUUAAUACAAGAAAAUCUGUGCCAUUCUGUGGUACCAUUAGUUCUAAUUUUAUUUCCGUACGUGCAUUUGCAUCAGCUUUGUGCCGAUAGUGCCAACGUAGAAAAAAUUGUAAUUCUCUUCCACACCGAACAUGAUAUGAAGUGAUGUCAUGCAUAAGAAGGAUUAUCUACAUAUUUUCUCUAAAAAAUUCUUGGCCAUAUUGUUUGUCACUUUGUCAUUAUUCUUACGAACAAAAAAUGAAGCACAGAUGUAUGAUGAAAUAUUUCUUCAUGGAGUGUCAUGAAUCUAGAAUACUCUUUGGAUUGCACCAGAUUUGAUCGCUGUGCGUUUGUCAAUUGUUUUACCUUCUUAGCGUAGUCACGUUGAGAUCGUGGUAAUUUUGCCGGUUAAUUACUUUAAUUGUACGAAAAAAGGUUGAAUUGGAGCCCUAAGUCAGGAUGGCUGCACAAUUUUUCAACAGAAUUGGUCAGUUAGGCCUGGGGCUUGCCGUAGUUGGAGGAGUAGCAAAUUCUGCACUGUACAAUGUCGAUGGAGGGCACAGAGCCGUCAUAUUUGAUAGGUUUGCGGGUGUGAAGAACCAGGUGGUUGGAGAAGGUACUCAUUUUAUUAUUCCGUGGAUUCAAAGGCCGAUUAUUUUUGAUAUACGUUCUCGACCUAGAAAUGUACCUGUGAUUACGGGCAGCAAAGAUCUGCAAAAUGUAAAUAUCACAUUGAGAAUUCUAUUUCGACCUGUUCCUGAUCAGUUGCCUCGUAUCUAUACUAUUCUUGGUGUUGACUACGAUGAGAGAGUAUUACCUUCCAUUACAACUGAAGUUCUGAAAGCUGUUGUGGCUCAGUUUGAUGCUGGAGAACUAAUUACUCAGAGAGAGCUUGUGUCUCAGAAAGUGAGUGAAGAUUUAACGGAACGUGCAUCACAAUUUGGAGUAAUUUUGGAUGACAUUUCUCUUACACACUUAACCUUUGGCAAGGAAUUUACACAAGCUGUGGAAUUGAAACAGGUAGCCCAACAAGAUGCGGAAAAAGCUAGGUUCCUUGUGGAAAAGGCAGAGCAGCAGAAAAAAGCUGCUGUUAUUUCAGCUGAGGGUGAUGCUCAAGCAGCAUUGUUAUUGGCAAAGUCAUUUGGAGAAGCUGGGGAAGGUCUUGUUGAAUUGCGUCGCAUAGAGGCUGCAGAAGAUAUUGCUUACCAGCUUGCAAGGUCACGCCAGGUGUCAUACUUGCCAUCUGGACAGAACAUUUUGUUGAAUCUUCCUACACAGUAGUGCAGCUCCUCCCUAAGAUGUGCUAACCUGAAGAAUAAUAUUAAAGCUUCUGAGGCUCUGUACUCUACAUUUUGUAUGAGUUAUGCUGGAUAUGUGAUGUUUUUUUUAAUGGCAUGAAAUUCUUGAAUACAGUCUGUAUAUAUUUGAGUAUACCACAUGGGUAUUCAUCUAAUCUGUAUGUCAAGCUUGCUUCAGUUAUUUCAUGUUUUCAGCAUUUCUCAUGGUUUUUGUAGGUUAAAAAUUGGUUCACACACUUACCUUCAAGACUGGUCUUUAAUGAAAUAAACAACAGUUUUUUCAUAAAGAAUUUGUGUGUGUUCUUAUAGUGUCCCUGUGAUGAAAUAAUGUAGAUUUGUGCAUUUUUCCUACUAGGGUAAUUGAGAAGCUGGAACAGAGUACAGGGUCAUCAGUCCUAGGAUGAAAUAGCCAAUUUAUCUGCAGGGAACAUCAAUUAAUUAGUGGACUAUUAGAUGUGACAAUUGUUGGUGCUGUACAUGCACAGUUAUGCCUGGAAGUAAAAUUAAUAUGAGUGAAUAUGUUAAUACAGAAUUAAUGAAUGUCUUUUAUCUGUUACUUGCUUCAUGAAUGUUCUGUUACAGUUCUAUAUUUGUAUCAUGUUUCAAAUUGUCUUUCAUUGUCUUGUAAAUGAAGAUAAUUGGACUAUUUAGCUACAUACUCAUUUCUUUUUAACUUUCCCUCCUAUUUCCUGAAAUGCAUUACAACACUAGGUCACUAUCAAGGUUUGGUGAAGAUUUGGUGAUAAUUUAAUGUAACAUUUGAAAAUACUUAAGAGUUUCAUGGUCAUUAUUGUAAGCAUAUUAUAAUAUAAGUAUUGGUAAUCUUUUAUUGACUUUUAUUUGCAUAUAAAUUAUCUUUAAAACUUUUCCCAUACUAUUUCAUUUUUGAUCCUUUAUAUUUUUUUUUAAAUCAUUCAGAAAUGAUUUGUACAACUGGAACGUUUUUGUAAUGAAUGAAUUGUGAAUGAAAUUAUUUUUAUGUCAAGUGAUAUCAAAUGUUUUUAAAGUUGAACAUUUAAUGUAAAGGCAGCUUUGUUAGGAAAUGCAAUAAAUUUAUAUUGAAAUUUUGAAGAUGUAGUUAAUAGUGCAUCUUACAGUGAAGUAUAAUUUGUCUAAAAUUUCAC